AUGGAUCAUAUGAAUAAAUGUAUGCCCACAAAAACAGUCUCAAUUUCGUCACGUGACCCUUACUGGAUGAGUCCUUUAAUUAAAUCUUUGCUAAAAUCUAAAUCCAGAAUUGCUCGGUCGCAAAAGGAUAGACUCAGUUUAAUUAACAAAAGUAUUUCUGAUGUCAUUUGUCAAAACAGAAGAAAUUUUAGGGCCUUGGUGGGGAGUAGAACUUGGUGGAGAAAGACGAAUGAUAUUUCUCAGCGAAAUGCAUCGUCAUCAAGAGUUACUUUAGAUAAUGCAUCACUUACAAGAUUAAAUCGCUACUUUGGCGAACUCUGCCACGAUGAUAGUUAUGUCGAACCGACGCUCUCAAUUAUUGGUGAUGAAGUAGAUAUUCCUAGCUUUACGGAACAGCAGGUAUGGAAUGCCUUGAAAAGAAUAAAGAGGACAGCAACAGGUCCCGAUUAUAUUCCCUAUUGGGUUUGGAAUCAUCAUGCGGAAAUUCUAACCGAAGUUAUAACUAACGUCUGGAAUUUGUCCCUUUCAUCACAUACUUGGCCAGAUUCAUGGAAAAGAGCAAAUAUUUACCCUCUUGCAAAGGUUGAUUUACCAAAGGAAGAUGGUGACUUUCGUGGAAUAAAUAUUACACCUGUAAUUGCGAGGACCUUCGAAAAGCUCGUUUAUAAUAGUCAGGUCAAGUCGACAGUUGAGGAAAUUUUAUCCCCAACGCAAUUUUCGUACAGGUAG